AUGAUAAAAGUAAAUGAUUUAAUAUUUGCUUUGAAUUAUUUUUCAACAAAUCAAACUUGUCAAUUAUUUCGUUCGAAUACUAGUACAAUUUUUGUUGAAUUUUAUUUAAAUUCAACUUUUAUAUUUCUUAAUCAAUCGUCAAUAACAAUAUUAAAUAUUCUAGAAUAUCAGUCGAGUACAUCAUCAUCAACAGCAAUAUCAUUAACAACACCAGCAUCAACAUCACCAUCAUCAACAUCGACAACAUCAUCAUCAUCAACAACAUCAAAAACGACUUCAACUUCAACAACAACAACGUCAAAAACGACUUCAACAACAACAUCAUCGUCAUCAUCAACAACAACGACAACAACAACAACAACAACAACAACAACAACAACAUCAUCAUCAUCAUCAACAACAACAACAACAACAACAUCAUCAUCAUCAUCAACAUCAAAAACGACUUCAACUUCAACAACAACAACAUCAAAAACAACUUCAACAACAACAACAUCAAAAACGACUUCAACAACAACAACAACGUCAUCAACAACAACUGGUGAGUGCUGGAUUAAAUACGUAAUGCUUACGUCGGUUGUUAAAAAAAGAAAUAGUAUCACGAACUUUAAAAAUUCAGUGCUUGAUGCCUCGAAUCAUCUCAGAUCCGAAUAA